CAGUUCGAUCCUAAGAGUUACGUAUGCGAAGCUCACUGGAGCAAGACAGACGGAACGUUCAUGGAAGCUUCAGUCCCACGCACUCUCCUCAGUAUAAUAAUAUAUCUUCGUCCUGAAAACGAUGUUCAGAAGAAAAACAGAAAAAAGCAUGUCUCAAUCCUUGUCGCCAUGGUCGCUCCACUACCCCCCUUCAAAUGCCCACAAUUUUUUUCCACCCCCAAAAACCCUGCUAUUCUCAGGUUUCUCCAGCCAUGGCUUCUCUCUCUGGCUCUUCCCUUGUUCGCCUCUCGUCUGGAAAUGGAAGAAGGCGAGGCCACAGCUUCGGAGAAGCUCGUACUGCUCACCUCGAGAGCUCUGCUUCUUUUCCGAGCCGUCCGUAUCGAUGUCCGGCAGGAGGAGUCUGGACUAAGGUUCCUCGAGCCUCUGCUGAGGCUGCCGCGGUGGUUGAGGAGAAGGGUCAAUGGGGGUUGAAUGAGAAGGAUGGAGUGAAGGGAAGGCCGCUGAGGUUAGGGAUUGUGUGUGGUGGUCCUUCUGCAGAACGCGGGGUUUCGUUGAAUUCUGCGAGGUCUGUUCUGGACCACGUUCAGGGAGAAGAUGUGCAAGUUAGCUGCUACUACAUUGAUUGUGAUUUCAAUGCAUAUGCAAUAUCAUCUGCACAGUUAUACUCAAACACUCCUGCGGAUUUUGAUUUUAAGUUAGAAAGCCUUGCUCAUGCUUUUAGUUCUUUAACUGCAUUUGCGGAACACCUUGCGAUAUCUGUAGAUAUAGUAUUCCCUGUUAUUCAUGGCCGUUUUGGUGAGGAUGGAGGCAUUCAGGAGCUAUUGGAGAAAGCGAAUGUUCCAUUUAUUGGUACCCCCUCAGCCGAAUGUCGUCAAGCAUUUGACAAGUACAAUGCUUCGGUUGAGCUCAAGAAAAAGGGAUUUGUCACAAUACCAAGCUUUCUGAUACAGGCAAAUCAUUCUGACAAGAGUGAACUGGCAAAAUGGUUUGAUCAACAUCAAUUGGAUAAGGAUUCAGGGAAAGUUGUGGUUAAGCCAACGAGGGCUGGAUCGAGUAUAGGUGUUUCAGUAACUUAUGGAGUCGAUGAUUCUUAUUUAAAAUCUAUGGAUCUUAUUUCAGAGGGCAUUGAUGAUAAGGUUCUCGUUGAGAUUUUCUUGGAAGGAGGAUGCGAGUUUACGACCAUUGUUAUUGAUGUUGGGACAGAUUCUCAAUGCCUCCCGGUCUCUCUACUUCCAACAGAGGUGGAGCUUUGUAGCAAAAAUGAUGCUAACGAGGAUACAUUAUUCACCUAUCGAAGAAAAUAUCUCCCAACUCAGCAGGUUGCAUACCACACCCCGCCUCGUUUUCCCACUGAUGUCAUUGAAGAUAUAAGGCAAGGGGCAGCUUUACUAUUUAAGUGUUUUAAGCUGCGAGAGUAUGCUCGGAUUGAUGGUUGGUUUUUGCCUUCUCCUGUAAACUUAUUUUCAUCAUCCGAAAAGGACCUUGUAUUUGGAGAAACAAAAUCUGGUACCAUUGUAUUUACUGAUAUAAAUUUGAUAAGUGGCAUGGAGCAAAGCAGCUUUAUGUUCCAGCAAGCUUCAAAGGUUGGAUUUUCUCACUCAAAUAUAUUACGCACUAUCAUUCACCGUGCUUGUCUGCGGUUUCCUUCUCUUAGAACACACGUUAAAGCUUGGAGCGUAUGGUCUCAAAAGUUAAAAUUAGCAAAGCAAGUCGAAAAUGUCCCAAAAAGGAAGGUUUUUGUAAUUUUUGGAGGUGAGACUUCCGAACGUCAAGUUUCUCUCAUGAGUGGAACAAAUGUCUGGCUAAAUUUGCAAUCUUUUGGCGAUCUUGAUGUGGUGCCUUGUAUGCUUGCACCUACUGAUGGAUAUGCAUCUGCCAAUCAUGGGGACAUAUAUGAAAUUAGCUCUUCAAAUGUUGUUUGGUUAUUACCUUAUUCACUCGUCCUACGUCAUACUACAGAUGAAGUCUUCGCUGCUUGUUUAGAGGCCAUUGAGCCAAACAGGGCUUUGUUAGCUUCCCAAAUGAGCAAGCUUGUUAUGAAUGAACUUCUUGAAGGCCUAUCAAAGCAUGAUUGGUUUACAGGGUUUGAUAUAAUCGAAGAGAUCCCGCUAAAACUUACGCUGGAGCAAUGGCUCGUGUAUGCUAAAGAAGCUCAAGCGACAGUAUUUAUUGCAUUGCAUGGCGGUAUUGGUGAGGAUGGGACCUUACAAUCUUUGUUAGAGACUGCGGGAGUUCCAUACACAGGUCCUGGUCCAACCGCCUCAAAUACUUGUAUGGAUAAAGUGUCGACCUCUCUUGUGCUUACAAAUAUGCAAAAUCUCGGAAUAUUUACACUACCCAAGGAAGUGAAGAGGACUGAUGAACUAAUAAUUUCAUCUAUACCCGUAAUAUGGCAUGACUUGACCACGAAGCUUCAUUCAGAAACAUUGUGUGUGAAGCCUGCUCGGGAUGGAUGCUCAACUGGAGUUGCUAGACUCAGAUGUGAGGAGGAUCUGAAAGUUUAUGUGAGCGCAUUAGAAAACUGCCUUCCAACGCUUCCUGCCAAUAGUUUGUCUAAGGCACAUGGUGUGAUAGAGAUGCCAAACCCUCCAUCGAAGUUUUUCAUAUUCGAGCCAUUUGUCGAAACUGAUGAAAUAGUCAUUUCUUCCAAAUCGGCCGAUGGUUGUACUCGCCAUCUAACGUGGAAAGGACAAAACGAAUGGGUUGAAGUGACAGUAGGUGUUAUGGGUCAUAAAGGGCAUAUGCGCUCAUUGAGCCCAAGUAUUACUGUUAAAGAAACUGGUGACAUUCUUUCACUCGAAGAGAAAUUUCAAGGUGGAACUGGCAUCAAUUUGACUCCACCUCCAACAACAAUUAUUAGUGAUGAGAACUUGCAAAAAUGCAAGCAGCGAAUUGAAAUUGUGGCCAACACUUUGGGAUUGGAAGGUUUCUCGCGUAUUGAUGCAUUUGUUAAUGCACGCAGCGGGGAGAUUUUGGUGAUAGAGGUCAACACAGUACCUGGAAUGACUCCAUCUACUGUAUUGAUUCAUCAGGCACUUGCAGAGAAUCCUCCUAUUUAUCCCCAUCAGUUUUUCAGAACAGUUCUGGACUUGGCUCUUCAGAAAUCAAAGUAGAUUUUCUAUGGCUCACAGUACUGUUAAGAUUUGAAUUAAUGUUUAAUUUUGCUUUUAAUUACUGUUUAUGUUUCAGUGAUUUACAUUUGUGAUUUUUUUUAUUAUGGGAGUGUGUGUACGCAUUCUCUCCUUUGUGUUUGUUUAUAUAUUGGUAGGGCAGGUUCGGGUCGACU